UGCCCCACCCGGAAAUCCCCCAAAGAAAUUCGAUGGCCGUCUCCUGCUCGUCCUCCUCUUCCUCCAUCCUGGGCUCCGCCAAAUCCCUAGCUUGCUUCCACACCUCCAACCUCGCCCCCCAAAGAACAGGCUCGCAGAUUCCAUGCUACAUUGGUGCCUACUAGUAACCCAAGAACUCAGGAACCCUAAAAAGAAUCCACUGUGAUUUCACCAGUAUUAGCCGUUCCUCGGAACCCGCCGCUCACACAUCAGCCCGCUCGCGCCUACAGUCAAUCAAGAUGCGCUCUGCUCCGGCUGCGCCAGGGGAGUCAAAGAAGACCGUGUGGGUAUGGACAGAGAACCGGCAGGUGAUGACGGCAGCCGUAGAGAGGGGCUGGAACACUUUCCUCUUUGGAUCCAAAGAUGUCGGCAAGGACUGGUCAUCAACUGCUCGCAUCCAUCCUCUCUUUAUUGAUGGCUUGGAGAUUUUUGAUGAGGGGAAUCAAAAGGUUGCCACAAUUUCUGAAAUCUCUUCCCCAAGUGAGCUGCAACUAAUACAACCAGACAAUGUGGAAGUACAGAACACCGUGAUUCACUUCCGAGGUGAUUGGCAGGUUAUACCAGCAGAAAAUAUAGUUGCUGCCUUCCAGGGAUGUGCGGGAACUGUAUUAGCAGUUUCGACAAACUCAACUGAGGCUCAAGUUUUUCUUGAGGCCUUGGAGCAAGGGCUUAAUGGAGUUGUACUUAAAGUAGAGGACAUGGACGAUAUUAUUAAACUCAAGGAUUAUUUUGACAGAAGGAACGAGGCAAAGAGCCAGUUACAGUUGACAAAGGCUACUGUAUCGAAGGUUGAGGUUGUUGGUAUGGGCGAUCGUGUUUGUGUGGAUCUCUGUAGCAUCAUGCGACCCGGUGAAGGCCUUCUGGUUGGCUCCUAUGCAAGGGGAAUGUUCCUUGUUCACUCUGAAUGCUUGGAGACAAACUACAUUGCUAGCAGACCUUUCAGGGUCAAUGCGGGGCCCGUGCAUGCAUAUGUUACAGUCCCUGGGGACAAGACUAGCUACCUCUCAGAGCUGCAAUCAGGCAGGGAAGUAAUUGUUGUUGAUCAAAAUGGGUUGUGGCGAACUUCAAUUGUCGGCCGCGUGAAAAUUGAAUCAAGGCCUCUCAUCCUUGUAGAAGCAAAGGAGAACUCUGGAAAUGGUACAUAUAGCAUUUUCCUGCAAAAUGCAGAGACAGUUGCACUUAUCGGUCCUGACAGAGGAUCUGGUGGAAGGACUGCUAUUCCUGUGACUUCACUGAAAGUUGGUGACGAAGUCUUGGUGAGGAAACAGGGCGGCGCCCGUCACACUGGAAUAGAGAUUCAGGAGUUUAUCGUUGAGAAAUGAGGCAAGUUCACAGGUUCAAGUCCAGUAAACAGCCUCUUGCAGAAAUGUAAGGAAAUCCUGCGUACAAAAGAUUUAGAAGUGGUUGGACCCUUCUCCGGACCCUGCGCAAGCGGGAGCUAAGCACCGAGCUGCCCUUUUAUUUUUGAGAAAUGAGCCACAUUGUAUCCGAUACCCGCCUCAGCAGGCUGGCGCCCAUCAUUGCUGUUUUUGUUCUCCACAACACAUCUAUGCAAGUUAAUCAAAUCAUUACUAAAUCCAAGAUAAACAUACAUGUAGUAGUAUCUGUACAUUACUGAAAUUCAAGGCUCAUGUUUUUCCUUUUA